AUGGCGGAUGCCGUUUGUGGACCUUCGAAUGCGCUCCAAAAUUUCCAGAAGCAUGCAUCCGUUGACCGGACCCUUCAGCAGGACCGAUUAGUCACACGCCAGUCACCAGCCCAGGGCUUUCGGUCCCCAAAUCCCAAUGCUGGCGCUCUGGAUGCAGAAUUCGAAGCUUUCGAGACCAACUUUGCGGGAAAGCCGGCCUCGGGACAUGUUGGUCCUUAUGCUGCUCCCAACCAUGGUCAUCAGCAUCCUAUAUUACCUACUGCAGGAGGUGCGGACUGGGCGGCAGACUUUCAAAGGCUACACUUAUCUGGACCCUCUCAUGAAGGUCCUCAACAUCAGUUUAGACCAGGGGCACCAGUAAACCAGGCUGCUCCCGGAGGUUGGCAGGACGAGUUUCUUAGACAGCAGCAGCAGCAGCAGCAGCAGCAGCAGCAAACUUCAGUGCAACAGUCACCUCACAUGCCGACUUUUCAGCCCUCUGUCAGACCAAAUUACCAAAUGAGUGGGGGCAUGAUGCAGCCUCUUCCAAUGCACCAGGACACAUCACAAGCCCACAUUCAACCUAAGACUGAGACUUUCGAUGAGGCUGCGUUUGAAGCUGCAUUUGAACAGGCGAGGGAGGAGGUGGAACGACAAGAAAACGCAGCCGCUACGCAGCAAGACGUCACGGAAAGCGAGUCGCUGCAAACAGAUACGAAUUUGCCCCCAGAACAAACGGAGAAGACGAAGAAGAUACUAAUUGGCUCCGACCUCAUCCUUCAUGGUAACAAGUCCGAUGCUCAAGAGCGGAGAGAUGAUGCGGACGAGUUGGCAAAAACUGCGGGACAGUUGCUCGACAGCGUCAGCCAUGAACAAAGUCAGAAAUUUAAGAACAGUAAUUUCCUCGCCCUGAUGCGUCGGAUCCGUGAUCGCGAGGUGCACAUCGAGGGCGAUGAGUUUCGCGAAACCGCGCAGCCCCUGCAUCCAGGUGGUCGGUACUAUCCUGAGGGUCACCGACCGUCCAACAGGGCGGAGGCAGAGAUGACGGGCGCCGCCGACGACGUCAGGAAAUUCGACGA